AUGGCGAAGCGCCGCCCCACGGCCCCUCGAAGACAUCAGCGCUCCUCACGCCCGGCGGCGAUAGGGCGCGCCUCAGAUGUAAAGACAUGCUUCCUAGAUCUGCCGGUGGAGAUUCGUAACUCUGUCUACACUCUUGCGCUGGUCAAUGACAAGGAUCCCAACGGCUAUGAUCCCGAGAUCACCUACACUCGACGGUGGAUACCCGAGCCGGCCCUGCUUCGAGCGUGCAGACAGAUUCGUGAUGAGGCACUCCCCGUCUUCUAUGGGGCCAACAUUUUCCAGUGUCUUAGCACACACAACGCUAUCCAGUUCCUACGGGGCCUGACCCCAAAGAAGCUCGCCGCCUUGCGCACAGUGCAUUGUACUUUGUCUAGCGGGAACUUAAGCGCAAAUUACUUUGCGAAUCUCAAAAGCCAAAUGCAAAACAUUGUCGGAAUAUUUCGAGGAUCGAGUCUCCGCUACGACGCCAUACAGGUAGCAAUCCUGGUCGCGGGAGAGGACCACUGCCGUUUUGUUUUGUGCCACGAGUUGGAGGACUACGAGGUGCGGAUUGUAGGGUGCAGAGACAUGCUCGUGCAAAAGUGA